AUGAGACGCGAGCAAAAUGCAAAGAGUAUCGUAAAACGCGCCGCGGAGCUCUAUAUUCAGUCGGCGACCUGCGUGCUACAUGCACGUGUCGUCCUUGCGUUGACAUCGAGCCCAGGGGAACGGCGAUACAGCAUAAUGAUGUUACUUGGAUGGUGUUUAUUUUCUAACCUCGGUACUGCAACGUGUAUUCGGCACGCCCCAUGCAAGAUAACGUUACAACUUGUCGCCAACUACAUAUCAGAAGCAGCUGGUAGUGACUUCUGCAGAGCGCGCAUCGUCAUGAGGGUAAAGCACAGUGUGGUACGACGGGAGAAGGUGCAUCGCCUAAACCCGAGUGUUUCGAAUAUUCUCUAUUCUUGUAAUCGUGUGAUACGUUUUGGUGCUCAAAGCCCCUGCCGCGCUGGCAUUGUGUCGCCUCGCUCGAGCCUCGUGUAUCACGCAACCGCAGCUCUUCGGCAAGAAUGCUUUAUGCGAUUGAGUGGAGAGCCUUCAGAUGAGGAGUGCGUAACUUCGGACGAAGGCGAAUUGCUGGAAUUAUGGAAAGUGCACAUAGACCUUCAUGGACCAACAGGAUUAACGCUUCUCGAACAGGGCCAACAGCCAGGAGACUAA